GUUCCUCACUCCAGCGCCCUCAUGCCCCCACCCUUCUCUUCAGCUCGGGGCUUCGGCGCGCCUCGUCCCCGCCCUUCGCCCCGGGAGAGGAGCGGGCGGCGUGGGAGGGCUCGCGGAGAAAGGCCCAGAGGGCUAGACGACCUCCCUCCGGCAGCCACUUCUUCGGCAGCAGGGACCCGGAGCCACCCGCCCGCGGGCGAGCCAGGCCCGAGGGCAGCCCCAGAGACCGCGGUGGCCGGAUGCGCGGGCACGUCACUUCCGGGCGGUGCAGCGGCGGCCGCUUGGAAGAUGGCUGCGCCCUGUGGCUCGGAGCUGCCCGCCAACUCGCCGCUAAAAAUCCCGAAGAUGGAGGUGCUCUCCCCGGCUUCUCCUGGUGGCCUGAGCGACGGAAAUCCAUCGCUGUCCGACCCUUCCACGCCUCGGGGUGCCUCCCCGCUCGGGCCGGGCAGUGCGGCGGGCUCGGGGGCAGCGGCGUCCGGGGGUCUCGGGCUGGGGCUGGGGGGCCGCAGCGCCGCCUCGUCCUCGGUCUCCUUCUCCCCUGGUGGCGGCGGUGGCGGGGCUGCGGCAGCCGCCGCCGCCGCUUGCCGGGGCAUGUCGUGGACGCCGGCCGAGACGAACGCGCUCAUCGCAGUGUGGGGCAACGAGCGGCUGGUGGAGGCGCGGUACCAGCAGCUGGAGGGAGCCGGCACGGUGUUCGGCAGCAAGGCCCCCGGGCCAGCCAUGUACGAGCGCGUGUCCCGGGCCCUGGCCGAGCUGGGCUACGAGCGGACCCCGUCCCAGUGCCGGGAGCGCAUCAAGACCCUUCGCAGGUGUUACAGUCGGGUGAAAGAACAUGGUGUUGGGAAAAGAAAGAGCAGUUACACAUUUGAACAGUUGGAACAGGUGUUUGGUCAGGGAGGAUGGGAUGCUCAGCCCUGCCAGCCUGUACUUAUUAACAGUAGUGGCUUGUACCAGGAGCUGGAGUCAGAUGGCAGCACUAUGGAGGACUAUUCACAGGAGGACUGGGGAAACCACAGUCAGGAUCUCCAUGGCUAUCCAACAGAUCAGGAAUUGGAUGAAAUACCUGUCACAAAGAGAACAUUAAAAAUAAAACAAGAGUCUUCUGAAGAAGCACAGAAGAGAGACAUCAUGCAGAAUAUUGUGCAGAUUUUGGAAUCGGUACAGUUGAAAUGGGAACUUUUUCAGAGCUGGACAGACUUUUCAAGGCUCCAUCUUUCUAAUAAACUGGCCAUUUUUGGAAUUGGUUAUAACACCCGUUGGAAAGAGGAUAUCCGUUACCAUUAUGCUGAGAUCAGCUCCCAGGUGCCCCUUGGCAAGCGACUUCGGGAGUACUUCAACUCUGAGAAGCCUGAAGGACGGAUCAUUAUGACCCGAGUGCAGAAAAUGAACUGGAAAAAUGUUUACUACAAAUUUUUAGAGAUCACUAUUAGCGAAGCUAGGUGCUUGGAGCUGCACAUGGAAAUUGACUGGAUACCCAUUGCCCACUCCAAACCAACUGGUGGGAAUGUUGUUCAAUAUUUAUUGCCUGGGGGUAUUCCUAAAAGCCCAGGCCUUUAUGCCAUUGGCUAUGAAGAAUGUAUUGAGAGGCCCCUCUCACCACACAUGGAGCAGCGUUCCCUGGACCCAGGAAAAGAGGGCCGGGUUGACCUGGAAACCCUUUCAGCACAAACCUCAUUACAGGUGGAAAUAGAACCCACCCGAAUUAUCUAUUGCUACCUCGGGAUUGCUGAGGUCAGGACUCUGCAGCAGUGCUUAUUUUUACAUUUCCAAGCAAAUACCAAAACCUUCAGCAAAGAUUGGGUUGGUAUUAAUGGGUUUUUGUCUCAGAACUGUAUUGUGGAUCCCGGAGUUUCUCCCAAAUCCAUCUACAUCAAAUUUGUAGAAGUAGAGAGGGAUUUUCUUUCUGCAGGCUCUUUAGUUGAGUGCCUGGAAAAAGCCAUUGGAUACCCCUUAAAAUUUAACAACUGAAUGUCAUCCUUCAUAAGGAUUUGGGCUCUUAGCUCCUUCUUCUCUACUCACUUCCCAUUACCUGGACCACCCCUCAUCCAGAUGCCACCAUCAGACUCUUCACGGAAACCCGUUCUUCAGUUGGGCCAGUACGACUUCUAAGGAAUCAUAGUAGACUUGGGCCAGAAAAAACAGACCUCACCUGAAAAUGCUCAUUUUGAGCAAGCAAGAUAUAUAGCGAACUUGCAUGGUGGGUCAGCUAUUUCUUUUUUAAAAACAGAAAAACAAUUUUUAAAUGGAUUUUAGAGCCCUAAUAUAAACAAAUGUAGGUACAUUCCAUAUUGGACAAAACUUAUACUUUGAGUUUCAUAUGAAAUUGAAAAAUUGUAUUUUUUUCACAAUGUUUCAUUUUUACACAUCUCUGUGUCUCUAUAUAAGUAAUAUUUACAACCCUGAAUAAAUAAGCAAUAGAUAAUGGCAAGUUAAAUCUUGAUUCACACUUAAAAAGACUGUUUUUCAAUAUCACCCUUAGCUACUAUUGUAUAUAGUUUAGAGUUUCAUUUUUUUCACCAACCAAGUGUUUUGCUAUUUCCAAUCAGUGUUGCCUGCAAAGACCUUUGUUUCUGUGAUGUACCAACUUUACAGUUGUGUUGCCAUUUAAACCUUUUUAAAAAAAAAAAAAAAUUAAAGUAAUUCCUGGCC